AUCCGCCACCCCUUUUCCCAGUCUCGCUCUUGUUAAUUUUUCUUCUUCUAUUUCCAAUCCCCACACUGUCCAUCCCCCGAAUCGAAUCGAUCGAAAGCGGAAGCGAAAAGGGGCGGAGGAAUCUAUGGCGGCGUCGACGGCGGCGGCAGCGGCACCCCCUUCCUCCUGCGAGAUCGCGCGGAUCCCGGAGGACCUCCUCGCGGCGUCGAUCGCCCGCACCACGCCGCGGAACGCCUGCCGCGCCGCCGCGGUCUCGCCGGCCUUCCGCGCCGCCGCCGACUCCGACGCAGUGUGGGCCUGCUUCCUGCCGGGCGACCUCCCGCCGCUUGCCGACGGGGAGCUCUCCCCCGCGCCGCCGUCCAAGAAGGAGCUCUUCAUGCGCCUCUCUAACAGCGACAGCCCCGUCCUCCUCGCCGACCGCCUCAUGAGCAUGUGGUUGGACAGGGACACCGGCGCCAAGUGCUACAUGCUCUCGGCGAGGGCGCUGUGCAUCAUUUGGGGCGACACGCCGCGGUACUGGCGCUGGAUCCCUCUCGCUGACUCCAGGUUCUCGGAAGGUGCCGAGCUCCAGGAUGUUUGCUGGUUGGAAAUACGUGGCAAGAUACAUUGCAAGAUGCUCUCGCGAAACUCAACUUAUGCUGCUUACAUGGUGUUCAAGAUAUCCGAUGAAUCCUAUGGGCUGGAUUAUCCACCCCAGGAGGCUGCAGUUACAAUUGGGGAAAGCAAAUUCACUCGUCAGGUUUGCCUCCAAGGCCAUGAGAACGAGGGUGAGGGCAUAGAAGAGGUGCCUCAGAAUUACCGAUCUCUUAUGGUUCCAGCCAUCACACGAAGGUUAAGAAGAAACCGUCCUUUGCCUCAUGGAGUGACUGUGCCUAAGAAAAGGGCUGAUGGCUGGAUGGAGAUGGAAAUGGGUGAGUUCAACAAUGAAGAAGGUGAGGAUGGUGAGGUGUCUAUCAGUCUCAUGGAGACAAUACAAGGCCACUGGAAGAAAGGUCUUAUUGUGCAGGGCAUUGAAGUUAGAGCAAAGAAAUAAAACUGGGAGGGUGGGAUAUCGUCUUUGCACAUCAAAAUAAGGCUAUAUGUAUAUGUUUUGCAGCAUUGUGUUGGUGGACAAUGUGCUUUUGUUUGCCAACGAGCUGCUAACUACACACUGAUAAAUGGGUGUGUCCAGGUUCUUGAGGGAAAACAAAAAAAAAAAACCCUGCAGUUUUGUACAAAUUAUGGUGUCCCAGAUCAGUUAGUGCUUGUCUGCUUGAUGACUGGCAACGUUUGGUUCUGAAAAUGUAACUAGGUAUUGCUGUUAUUUGGUGUUCCAACUCCCGGAAUACCGGACCUUUUUUGUGAGUUGCGGGCUGCUUUUUUAAAUGAAAGAUUUGGAUCCAUAUCA